GGCUCCUUCCUGUCCCGCCCACCUGGGAAAUGGCAAGGGGGGCCAUGUGAGCCUCUUUGUGUUUGCAAGAGAUUUGUGUUUGCAGAGAUGCCGGACGAGGAAGCGGCUCGCGCCAAGGGAGCCCCAUGUUAAAGGGGCUGGUGACCUUUGAGGAGGUGGCCGUGUAUUUCACUGAGGAGGAGUGGGCCUUGCUGAAUCUGGACCAGAGAGCUCUGUACAAGGAGGUCAUGCUGGAGAUUCACGAGAUGGUGACCUCUCUCGAAGGACAUCUGAAUUCCAGACCUGAUCUCAUCUCCUGGCUAGAAGAAGACAGAAAAGACCUCUUUGCCCAGGGCUCCAUGGAAGAGGAAGGAUCCGCAGGUGGCAGAUCUCUGAAAAAGAUCAAGGUGGAGAGCUUUCCGGAUGAAGGGCCGGUGGUCAAGGAAGAGUAUGAGACUCUACCGGGAAGAUGCCAAGAGAACGUUUCUUUCCCAAGCGAAGCCAGUGAGGAGGUGCACCUGCUUAGCCGCACAGCUGACCACGGUUUUGCCGAAGGGAUGUCUCUCACAAGCAGCGGCAGGAAAGGGCGAGGCGUCUCCUGGAGGCACCAGGAGAUUUUGGACCUUUUGGACAUUUGGGGGGAGCCAAAGAUUCAGGAGCAGCUGCGUGCCAGUCACCGCAACAUCGAGGCCUUCGAGAUCAUUGCCCGCAAAAUGAGCUGCCGCGGCCACGGGCGCAAUGCGGUGGAGUGCCGCUCUAAAACGAAGUGCAUGAGGCUGGAGUACCAGCGCGUGGUGAACCACAACUCCAGGACCGGGAGACACACGGCGACCUGCCCCUACUAUGCAAAGCUACACAGCAUACUCCACAACGGGGAUGCGACCGUCAGGCCGAAGCGCAUUCCUAGGAACAUCAAGAAAAAAAUAAGGGACCCGACGCCACUUGCCAAGGAUGCUGUUCCAAAGCACAUGGAGGAACUUUAUACCCCAGAUGUGCAAACCGUAAAUGUGGAGGACUACAUGGUGAAACAAGUCAUUGUUGCUGGGGAUGGCCACAGCAAAGAAAACGAGGUAGACGAUAGCAUUGAGAUGUGCAUUGUUGGAGAUCGGUCAGAUGCAGCCUCCAGCGGCAUUGGGGUGGAAAUUGAAGCCGACCAAGCAGACACAGAGGUGGAGAGGGAACAAGAUACGGCACUUCCUAACCGCCCGGCUCCUCCUCUGUCUCCUGAUACGAGUCUGGCAACGCUGAGGACUAAGAAGAAAAGAAGAGGCGAAAGCGACAUGAUCGAACGCCUUAUGAAGCAUUCCUCGAUGGAGAACGCGAGGCUCUUGGCCGCGAUGGAGAAGGAUAGCAGAGUUUUUUCAGAGUACGUGCAACUCAUGAAGGAGGAAGAUGCACAGAUUAGAGAGGAGAGGAAGGCCUUUCUGUGUUCUAUUGACAAUCUGGGCACCAUUCUGCAGAGUCUGGUCGCUGGCCUAAAUAAAAUUGGGGAGGCGCUGGUCAAGCAAGAACAGAGCACGGUUGGUGGGCUUGCAGAUGGCGGUCCUAACCUCAACUCGCCCUCGGGUCAGGUGUCGCCAGUGCUUUGCAACAGAGAAAACGCCCCAUCGCAGAGCAGCCAUUUGCCAGGCUCGCUAGAGCGGGGGUCUCCGGAAACAUCAACCCCCGCAAAAGAUUCGGUGUACAUUCCAGACUGCCAAGGGUAGUAGUGCGUGCAAACCCAGGGGUGGGUAACCCUUUUCAGCCUGUGAAGGUGGCAUGCCUCCCGGGGCCUGCUUGCCAGUGGUGGGUGGGGCUAAUGCCAAAGUGGGUGGAGCCCAUGCAGGAAAGUGGGCUGGUGUCACCUCCUCCUCACUCACGCACCUAUUCAUACGCAUCCAUUCAGAACCUCACAUGUGCAUUAGAGCUUUUUAAAAGCUGGUUUAGGAGGUGCGGGGAGAUCGCCCCACACAGAGGAGGAAGGGUGAUCCUCUUCUCCAGCUGCAAUCUUCACGAUGAACCCCCACAUCCCCAUAGCAAUGAGGCUUGAACCCAUUGGAGCAAAGUAGGUGGGUUUUUUUCAAGCCCAAUUGCUGCAUGGGGGAGCUGUUUUUGCCAGGGUGGGGGUUGCAGUGUACUGGUGAAACAUUAGCACAGCCCCAGUUGCAGGCCCCGGGACGAUGGCUUCACUAUGCAUGGAGCCAAUGGGAGGCUUUUUCAAAGUCUAGCUGCCACUCAGGGUGGGGAGACCAGGCAGGUGGCUCCUACAUCUUGCCUAGACCAGUAAGCAACUCCCUACCUUGAGUUUGCGCUUUACCCAAGGCAUAGACUUGCAUUACUAUAAACAUGUUGUGGGGGGGAGGGGGGCGAGCCUUGUUGAAUGUUCUCAGUGUCUAGCACAGGCGUGGCUAACUCUCAGUUCAGGGGCCUGAUACGGCCUUCACACACCCCGAGCAAUUGUUUCUAGAUCCCACUCAUUUUGGCAGUGGCACACAAUUUUUUUUAAAAAAAUACUGUAUUGGUCUGAAUAUAGGCCACCCCCUAAAAUAAGGGGUGGUAUUCAGCACUAGUCCUACUCAGAGUUGACCCAUUGAGGUCAAUGGGCAUGGCUAACUUGCAUUUGUAAAUUUCAGUGGCUUGUAUUCAACGUAGCACUAAGGAGAUCAUUUUGAGAAUGCAGGUGUUUCUGCUUGCCUGACAGAAGGAUCUCCCCUUCUCCUCCCCACAUGAGCUGUUCUGGGGCAGAUUUGGGGAGGGUGUGGGGGGCGAGUGGAGGAGGAGAGCCCUGUUGCGCUAGUGGGAGUCCUUGUGCUGGUUUCUGCCCAUGCAACAGAUUAGUUGAAUACCCCCCCAGUGGGUCUAUUCAGAAUAGGAGUUAAUUGACUACAUCCUAAUAUCUCUUUGAAAGGAAUAUUUUCACUGGGCCACCAGCAUCACCUGUUGAGAAGAUCGGGUGACCCUUUUACAAAAACUACUGAAGUUCAGGGCAGUUCCCAAGGUCUCUUCUUAAAUUACGGCUUCUCUACCGGUAAGAGUGCAAUUAGAGGCUGCACUCAGGUUUUAUAGAAGCCAGAUUUUUUUGGGGGGGGGGAAUGCAGCCUCUAUUCAGACCAGUACGGUAGACACAGUGCUGGGAGAUCACCUUCCUUCUCAGUGGAUCUGCUGAGGGGUGAGUAGGCUGUGUAUAUGUAUGCAUGCAUGUAAGGAAGGCUGCAGUGGCCACAUCCAUUUUUGCCAUGUGUGCUGUUGGUAUGUGGCCCCCCAGAAGGUUCCCCAGGGCUGAAUGUGGCCCUUGAGACAAAAGCAGUUAGCCUUCCCUGAUCCUAGUGCAUGUUCUUGACUGGUUUUUUUUAAAAAAAAUAACCUAAUUAGCUCAACUGCAUUAAAAUAUCUCCGACUGAAAUAAUCCGGAGCAAAAGGAUUUCUUUUUGAGAAAUAGAUAUAUAAAUAUAUAUAUAUAUAUAUAUUAUGCCUUUUUUAACAACUCUAACUUUAGUGCACACCUGAACCCAUUUAUAUUCUGUGUUUUGUGAAACAAAAGCAUAGGUUACUUGAUUUAUAAAUAAAACGCACCUUUU